AUGGCCAGAUUCUGGUUUCAUUGGGGGCUCCUCCUGGUAGCCAUCAAUAUCGCGCAAGUGGUGCGAACGUUGGAUAUCGAUGUUAAUGAUGAUGAUUCGGUGAAAGAUGCGGCUAGCAAGACAGCCAAAGGAUCGCUGAAUUGGUAUGACGGAGACAAACCCGGUGGAAAUCCCGGCGCGUUCCCGACAAAGUGGUGGGAAGGUAGCGCCCUAUUUCUGAGCCUGCUGCUCUACUGGCACUACACCGGAGAUUCGCAAUACAACGACCUGAUUUCCCAGGGAAUGGAGCACCAGGCAGGAGAGGGAGACUACAUGCCGUCCAACUACAGUUCCUAUUUGGGUAACGAUGAUCAAAUGUUCUGGGGUGUUGCCGCCAUCACCGCCGCCGAAAUCAAGUUCGCCGACGUCGACGACGGAUACUCGUGGCUGUCCCUCGCACAGGGAGUCUUCAACACGCAGAUCGACCGAUGGGAUACGAGCAACUGUGGUGGUGGACUUCGGUGGCAGAUCUUCCCGUACCAGGCCGGAUACGCGAUGAAGAACUCCAUCUCCAACGGCGGUCUGUUCCAGCUGGCGGCCCGUCUGGCGCGGUACACGGAUAAUUCGACAUACUCGGACUGGGCGGAGAAGAUCUGGGACUGGAGUGUCAGCUCUCCGCUGGUGAACAACAAGACGUGGAACGUGGCCGACUCGACGGAUAUCGACAAUGGGUGCAAGACCCAGGGCAACAACCAAUGGUCCUACAACUACGGCGCCUACAUGACGGGCGCUGCCUAUAUGUACAAUCACACCGAAGAUGCCAAAUGGAAGGACGCCCUUGACGGCCUGCUCGGAGUCACCAUGAAGACCUUCUUCCCCAAGAAGUUCGACAACAUCAUGUCGGAAACGCUGUGCGAACCCAACGAAGUCUGCAACGACAACGAAAUCCUGUUCAAGGGGCUGGUCAUCCACUGGCUGGCCUUUAUCAGUCUCAUCGUGCCCUCGACCUACGACCAGAUCUUCCCCAAGAUCCAGGCCUCCGCGGAAGCGGCGGCCAAAUCGUGCAGCGGCAGCGGCAACAACACCUGCGGUGUCCGAUGGCACGAGAACAAAUGGGACGGAUGGACCGGUAUGGAGGAGCAGAUCAUCGCCACGAACGCCAUCGUUUCGGCCUUGGUGAAGAACGACAAGUCCGGACCCGUGACCUCCAAGACCGGCGGUAACAGUUCCAGCAACCCCGAUGCCGGUGACGGCGACAACGACAACGAUAAGACCCAGUUGAAGCCGAUCACCUCGGGUGACCGCGCGGGUGCCGCCAUCCUGACCAUCCUUUUCGCCGGUGUCUGGCUGGGCAUGGUCGGAUGGUUAUUGUUGAAUUGAUUUGCGACUAUUACAUUCUGGACAUAUGGGUGAUUAUAUUGGCUAGAUGCAUGGCGUUUUGU